CGGGGGGGGCGGGGGGCGGGGGAAGUGACUCGGCGGCGGCGGCGCUUCCUGGGGGGGGCGGCGCAGCGGGCGCGGGCCAUGGAGCCGGGAGCGGGCGGCGAGGACCCGCUGGCGGGGCUGGAGCAGCGGCUGCGGCGGCAGGAGCAGGAGCUGGAGCUGGUGAAGGCGGCGCUGGCGGACGCCCUGCGGCGCCUCGGCCUCCACGACCGGCAGAUCCCCCGGCUGGCGCACAGCCUGCCACCUGAGAAUGGCGCUGGCCUGGACCCCUGGCCACAUCCCACACCCGGCCCAGGGUCCCCCCCGGCCCCCCGCAGCCCCCCUGUGAGCACCGGGACGCAGACGGAGGAGUCGGCUCUGCAGGGGGAGGCGGGGGGCUGGGCCACCCCUCCUGGUCCUCCCCGCAGCCCCCCACCCUCCCCCGAGGAGCCCCCCCAGCCCGGGACCCCCUCGGGGGGCAGCAGCAGCAGCAGUGCUGCCCCCUCCCCUGUGCCCACGGCCCCCCCACCGGCGCCCCCCCACAAGGAGCUGCUGCAGCGGAGCAGCUCUUCGGACAAGCCUGACAAGGCCAAGCCCCGGCAGAGGCUCAGCAAGAAGGCGGCGUCCACGGCCAACCUGCUUGCGCGCUGCGGCAGCCUGGAGAACCGGGUGAAGGAUCCGACCCUGAGCCCAGGUCCCCUGGGCUCCCGGCGCGGGAACUACAACCUGGAGGGCCGGUCAAUCAAGAUGUUCCUGCGGGGCCGGCCCAUCACCAUGUACAUCCCGUCGGGCGUCCCUCACUACGAGGGGCUGCGGGCCGAGCUGCCCCCCGAGCGCCUGCAGCUGGAGUGGGUCUAUGGGUACCGGGGCCGGGACGGGCGCUCCAACCUGCACGUGCUGGGCUCAGGCGAGCUGGUCUACUUCGUGGCCUGUGCCGUGGUACUGCUGGACCUGAGUGUCCGGCGCCAGCGCCACUACUUGCGCCACACCGACUGCGUGCGCUGCCUGGCAGUGCAUCCAGACCGCGUGCGUGUGGCCACGGGGCAGGCAGCCGGUGUGGACAAGGAUGGCAAGCCGCUGCAGCCACUGGUGCACAUCUGGGACUCAUCCUCGCUCCUGCUGCUACAGCAGCUCGGCUCCGGCAGCUUUGAGCGUGGUGUCGGCUCCCUCGCCUUCUCCAUCGCUGAGCAGGGCACCUUCCUGUGCGUGGUGGAUGACUCCAACGAGCACAUGAUGUCGGUCUGGGAUUGGGCUCGCGGCACCAAGCAGGCCGAGAUCAAGAGCACAAAUGAGUCGGUUCUGACAGUGGAGUUCGACCCGCGAGACAGCAGCCGCAUCAUCACCGGGGGCAAAUCCCACGUCUACUUCUGGACCUGGAGCGGAGCCAGCCUCAGCAAGAAGCAGGGCAUCUUUGGGAAGUACAAAAAGCCCAAGUUCAUCCAAUGCUUCGUGUUCGAUGCUGGUGGCGACGUCCUCACAGGUGAUUCGGAGGGGAACAUCCUCACCUGGACCCGGGCAGCUGCUGAUGUGCGCACGCUGGGCCGGGGCGCCAAAGAGACGUAUCAAAUCGGUCGGCAGACCCACGCACACGAGGGCAGCGUCUUCGCACUGUGUCUGCGCCGUGACGGCUCUGUGCUGAGCGGGGGGGGCAAGGACCGGCGCCUCGUGCACUGGAGCCCCGAGCUCAGCCUGCUGCAGGAGGCCGAGCUGUCUGAGCGGUUUGGGGCCGUGCGCACCAUCGCAGAAGGUGCCGGGGGGGAGCUGCUGGUGGGGACGACACGCAACGCAGUGCUGCGGGGGGGGCUGGCCCAGGGCUUCGUCCCCAUUGUCCAGGGGCACACAGAUGAACUGUGGGGCCUGGCCACACACCCGCGGCUCUGCGUCUUCCUCACCUGCGGCCACGACCGACAGCUCUGCCUAUGGGACGGCGCUGCCCACAGCCUGGCCUGGAGCCUGCUCCUCGAGGACACAGGGCUGUGCGCUGACUUCCACCCCAGCGGGCAGGUGGCGGCCGUGGGACUCAACACUGGACGGUGGCUGGUGCUGGACACGGAGACGCAGCAGGUUGUAGCCAGCGGCUCGGACGGCAACGAGCAGCUCUCGGUCAUGCGCUACUCACCAGACGGGGAGUUCCUGGCCAUCGGGUCCCACGACAACUUCAUCUACAUCUAUAGCGUGGGUGACGGUGCUCGCAAGUACAGCCGCCUUGGCCGCUGCACGGGUCACUCAAGCUUUAUCACCCACCUGGACUGGUCCAAGGACGGGAAGUUCAUCAUGUCCAACUCAGGCGACUAUGAGAUCCUCUACUGGGACGUGGCUGGGAGCUGCAAGCUGCUGCGUAACCGGUUCGAGAGCCGGGACCGGGAGUGGGCAACGUACACCUGCGUGCUCGGAUUCCACGUCUUCGGCGUGUGGCCGGAUGGCUCGGACGGCACAGACAUCAACUCCCUGUGCCGGUCGCACAGCGAGCGCGUGGUGGCCGUGGCCGAUGACUUCUGCAAGGUGCAUCUCUUCCAGUACCCCUGCUCCCGUGCCAAGGCCCCCAGCCACAUGUAUGGUGGCCACGGCAGCCACGUGACCAACGUGCGCUUCACCCACGACGACGGGCACCUGGUCUCGCUGGGGGGCAAGGACACCAGCAUCUUCCAGUGGCGGGUGCUGAGCGGGGGGGGCGCCGUGCCCCCCCGCAGCCGCUCCUUCUCCUCCACCUCCCUCUCCUUCCAGGAGGCUGGGGGGGGGCCCUGAGUGCCCCCCCCACCCCCAGCCAGCCGCGGCACUAACUCACGCUAACGAUGUGACCUGCUUCAUUAACCAUAACUCCCCCAGGGCAGAGCAGGAGGGGGAGGCAGGCAGUGCCAAAGCAGGGAGGGGCCAAGCACCCCCUCCCUCCUCCACGGGACCAAGUCUGGGGGGGGCAGGAUGCAGCCCCCCCACCUUCGUUUACAUUCCCGGCUGCUCCAAGCCGCUCUCGACACUGUGACAGGCCCAAAUAAAGCCUUGGCAUCAGGG